AUGUGGUCAUCUUCUGGAAGCGGCAAGAAGUCCGCGCAAUCUGAGAUGGUCCAAGUUGCUUGUCCAACUAGUUCCGCAUCACCUUUUUGGAGACCGCCACCACGAGACAGUCUUAGCUCGACGUCAAAAAGAAAUGUCACGUCACCUACAGGCCAUGGAUCUGGUCUCAUUGUUGGCGCUGCAUAUUCCCAUGCAGACAUGCUGAAAUUCGACUCCUUGUAA